AUGGCUCUUACCUGUGCUGUUAGCCUAGAUCUCGCACUCUCAGAGGAAGAUGCAACAGCUUCUCAGCUUACCCCCACCUUGACCAUGCAGCAUCUGCCUCGUGGCCGGCUGGAUGCCCAGCUCCUCCGUGAUCGUCUUACCAGUUACCAGCUUGCCGCAGACUCAGCUUCUUCUUUCUUUUAUGCCUACGAAGCCCAGCAUGCGCAUCUCCACCACCAGGUGGUUACAGGUGCUGCGGCUUUUGGACAGAACCAAAACAUCCAAACA